AAUGGCGCAUGGCACAGGCACAAUGUCAUUCUGUCCUGACGCAGGAAAUAACUCAUGAUCCUGUUUACCACCGAGUUGACUUUUAAUGUGUUUUGUGCUUCUACCCAACUGAGUGGACACUACCUGGUUUAAUUUAGUGAUUUCAGAAAUGAGGAAACGUCUGAUCCAAAUAUUUGGCUUCUUGAUUUCAUCACUGGGAUGGCUGUUUGUGCUGUGCACCAUUGGAAUGGACUUUUGGAAGGUCUCUCAAAUAGGAGGACAAGGAGGCCCAUUUGUUAUCAAAGUGGCCUGGUAUGCGUCCAGCCUGUGGAAGGAUUGUUACACAGAUGCCACGUCUGUCAUCACCUGUAGAGACUUCCCUGUGGUCCGGAAUGUCACACCUUUAAUACAGGGAGUACGAGGAUUGCUGCUAUGCGGGUUAGUUCUUGGAUUCAUUGGUGUAGUACUUUGCUUUGUUGGGAUGGAGUGCACUUAUAUUGGUGGAGCUGAUAAUACCAAGGACAAACUGCUUUUUGCCGGAGCAGUGUUUCAUAUUGUUGGAGGUGUGUCAGAUGUUUCUGCCUACUGCUUAUACAUCAACAGGAUUAACAGAAAAACAUUUCAUGCCACUUUUGGGACAGGAGAGAUACGGUAUGACCUAGGAACUCCCAUAUUUCUAGGAUUGGUGGGAUGUUUUUUGAUCCUUUUAGGUGCUGUGUCAUACGCUGUUACAGUCUAUCGAGUACUUUGCCCUGGAAGUAAAGUGGAUUAUGCCUAUGGAGGAGGCACGUACAUGGCCCCUCGCUCCAGAGGAAGAACGCUGUACACCGGAUACUACAAACCCUCCAGGCAGAAUGGAUCUUAUAUGGGCUCAGGGCCAUCCACCAUUUCCAAAAUCUCAAAGCUCUCUCAGACAAGACCCAUGAAAAUGUCAGAAAGAGAUGCAUUUGUGUAGUAGCUCAAAGCUCCAUGUAGUUUUGUUUUAACAAAAAACGGAAAAACACAACAAGACAAAGUAGCUUCAAGUGUGAUUAACUAUCAAUUGGCAUAUUGCAUACUGUAGAUAGGAUGGAAAAAAACCUUCACCGUUUCAGUGCACCAUGUACAAUUAUAAUUUGUUUUUGUUGUUGUUGUUGUUGUUGUUGUUGUUGUGGUUUCCAUGCUCUUGUCAUGUUUUUUUGGUAAAACAGGUCAUAAAAUA